AGAGUGAUGUCGUGAUAUAUUGUUAAUAAUAGAUUCAUGUAGUCAAUAUUGUUAAUUAUUUAUGAUAAUUAAUACGAUUAUAGAUUUUUUAAUACAGUUAUUACAAUGUUUUUGUGUUUAUUCAUAUUUUUACUCUAUGGCACUCCUUCAAUUCUCACAGAAGUAACCACCGACCAAAGACAUUUGGACAGAUAUCUACUGAAAUUUGAGGAGGCAGUUCUUAAUAGAGACAAAAGGGCGACAUGUCGGCCCAAUCAAUGGAGAUGCCGGGAUGGUACUUGCAUCGGUUUCGACGGUAUGUGUGACGGUAUCGUGAACUGUCCGGACGGUAGCGACGAGACGCACUCUCUCUGUAGAAACAGUCGGUUAGUAUAG